ACAUUUCUGCUUUGUUUUGAAUUUUGUUGCUUCAUGUUCCGAUCUACUCCGACGAUUUCGUUACGCGACCUCCUGCUCGAGUAAGAUUCCCCACCAUCACCACCACCAUGUCCAGCAGCUGGAACGUGGACGCGUACCGCAGCGUGUCCCUCUCGGAGUGCCACUGGAAGCUGUGCCGCGAGUUCAUGACGCGCUACCGGCACCUCUACCCGGAGGAGCAAACCGUGGCGCUGGCCCAAAUCUUCGCCAACGCCCAGCUGCUGCUGCGCGGCGACGCCGACCAGACCACGCGGCUCGUGCUUGACCUGGCCAGGGAGCAACCUUCGGCGGAGGUGAAGCUCGAAGUGGAUGGCAUUGAGAAGGGGCUGGUUAAACGGGAGGAGGUUUCCUCCGAGGAUGUUCCGGAGGUGGCGGUUGAAAGGGAGCUGGGCAGUGUUGUUGUUAAAACGGAGCAGAGUAACGAGUCUGAAAGGGAUGAUAAUGCUGAAUUGUCCUCCACCCACGAAGACUCAACAGUAGAAUCGUCCACAAUUGGUCCACCCAGCGCCAAGCAGCGUAAAACGGACCAGGGGGAACUCGAAACGGACGCCACAACCACAAUCCUGGCCGGUCUAAUCCCCUUCAAGCCCGUUAAAAAACUCCAGAACAUCGAGGACGUGUAUCGCAACUUGGUGAUCGUUGACAACGACUUUGAGAAAACGUGCCGCGAGUUCCAGAGGCUGCAGUCGGGAUCAAUUCAGUCGGUUCAGCAAACUUGGGACGAAGGACACUGCAGCAGCAAAAUAUUCGUCGAUCAGAUUGUGCUCGUCGAGGGCUGGAGCAAAACCGAGAGCUUGGCCAAGAAAAAGGCUCUGGCGGCCUUUUUCAAAAAGAUGAAAGUUUUCUGCUACCAGAUUGUGUCAAAGAAACCGUCACACCUUUUGGAAAACCAGAUCGCACGAACGGAAGAUCCAACGACCAACAGCAAGCAUUACAAGUCCAUCAUGAAACGUUUCGUUAAGGACUCCAUCGAGCAUGAACUAGUUUUCAGCGAAGAGUUUAGCAAAGCAGAGCGGGAUAAGUUGCAAAGGAUCGCCACCAAAUUGGAUCUGGAAACGUGCAUCGUGAAAUCUUCAACCAAUCCACAGUUGAAGAUCAUCGGCCAACCCCUUCCGGCCCUGGCCAUCGUAGAGCGCAUCGUUGUCCAGAAAGAUCCAGAGCUGGGUGCGCUGUACGAAGUGAUUGCACCGAGUGUGGGGGCGCGAGUGGAGGUCGCUGAUAGCACGUGAAAGUUUACAUUUACUGUUACAGUAAAAAUUCUCUAUAUUUUUUGAAAAAUUGUGGUUAAGCACAACGAUUAUGUUUAUCCUUGCUUUAUAAAGUUCAAAAUAUAAAAAAAGCUUCUAAGAAGUGGUCGCUUCUAUAA